AAUGGGAAGGUGUCUGGGACGAGGCUCCGAGGCGAGAGAGUCCCAGAGUCCCAUAAAGAGAAGAGUUACGGCCCAGCGCCGCGGGCAGUGCCAGGGAUUGUCCCCGUGUGUCGGACCUCUGAAUGGCUGCCAUCGCUUUCAGAACCGGGGCACCGCGCAGAGCAGGGGACGGAGGGUUGGGUGGAGCAGACAGCCCCACCGCUCACAUAACGCCCAUAGGAGUAACCAGUAACUCCACCUGGGAGCCAGCAGAGAUCAGAUCAGAUCACCACGGGGGCAAAAGGGUCGCUUUGUUUUUGCCGAACACGUCCACGGGCCUCUGGAAGAAUGUCCUUUGUCGGGUGCUCCGGCCCGUUGGUUCUGCCCCGCAGACGUUGUAGCUGUGGGGGAGCGUUCAAGGCCGCAGCCCUUCUGCUCGAGAAGCAGAGAGGCAGGGAUUGUUUGUCUGCCCUCCGUCCUGGCACCGACGGCACGGCGCCGACCCGCUUCAACCCCUGCGUCCGAGCCGUAGCUCCUUCCGCCAUGUUCGACCGGCAGCACUACGAGAGCCCGCCCGUCUACAGCCCGCCGUCCAACAACGGCUUCGGCCCGGCGUCGGCCGGCAGCUACCACGGGCCCCAGAGCGACUACAACGCCUACCCGCCGCCGCCGGGCUCCUACUACAUGGAGGAGCGGCCGCAGCACUUCUACAAGCUGCUGUCGCCCCCCGGCAUCGUCAAGGUCAUGAUGGGCGCCGUGGCCGUGCUGUGCGUGGCCAUCUUCGCCUGCGUGGCCUCCACGCUCAUGUGGGACAUGCAGUACGGCAUGGGGAUGGGCUACGGCGGCUACGGCGGCGCCUACGGCGGCGGCUACGGCGGCGGCGGCUACGGCGGCGCCUACGGCUCAGGCUACGGCUCAGGCUACGGCUCAGGCUACGGGGGCUACGGCAGCUACUACGGCUCCUACGUCUCGCCGUACUCGGCCAAGACCGCCAUGAUCGCCAUGGCGGCCAUCAACUUCAUCGGAGCGCUGGGCUUCUUCAUCGCCAGCUUCGCGAAAUCCAACACGUUCCGCAGCAGGAAGUUCUUCCUGGCGCUGCUGGUGACCAGCCUCAUCAUGGCCGUCCUGCAGGGCAUCAUAAACAUCGUCUACAUUGUCGGCGUGAACCCCAUGGCUCAAGGGACCUCCGCUAUGAUGUACAACCCCAUGCUCAUGAUGUGCCAGAACCUUUACCAGACCAGCUACUCACAGAUGGGAGGAGUGGGAGGCUUCCCCAUGUACAACCAGUAUCUGUACCACUACUGCUUCGUGGACCCACAGGAGGCGAUCGCCAUGGUGUGCGGGUUCGUGAUCGUCAUCGCCUUGGGCGUCGCCGCCUUCUUCGCGCAGAGAACCAGAGGGAAGAUCUGGCGCUACGGGAAGCCCAACAUCUACUGGGAGGAGCCUCUGGUCGGAGGGAAGGCGUCCGAGGGCAGGGACGUGGAGGACUGGGUGAACAAUGUGGAGGAAAGCCGCAGCGUGCAGGACGCGCCGACGCUGCUGGUGUCCGAGAAGGGGGGCGGGCUGCUCAACGCCUCGGCCAACAGCGUCAUGGCCUGCCCCCCCCCAAAGGACGGCAGCUCCUACAACGGGGACCACUACGACAACAAAGAGUACUCGGAGAGGACCACCAGCCGCCCAUCGGAGGCCUUCUCCCACGCUGGGGGGAACAGCUCUAGCCCCUCGGAGGAGACGGGCGGCGGCCGCAAACCCUCCGCCAACCGGGGCAAGCGACGAAGGCGGAACCCGGAGCUGGACGAGUCCCAGUACGAGACGGAGUACACCACCGGGGGGGAGACGGGCAACGAGCUGGACGCCCACGAGUGGGAGAGCAGCUAUCCGCCGAUAACAAGCGAUGCUCAGCGCCACGAUUACAAGAGGGAGUUCGAUGCCGACCUCAGGGAGUACAAGCGGCUGUGCGCCGAAAUGGACGACAUCAACGACCAGCUCAACAAGCUGAGCCGACAGCUGGACACGCUGGACGACACCUCAGCCAAGUACCAGACUGUAGCAGAGGAAUACAAUCAACUAAAGGACCUAAAGCAGACGACAGAGUACCGGUCCAAGAAGAGAGAGUGUCGCCGGCUGAGGCACAAACUGUUCCACAUCAAGCGCAUGGUGAAGGACUACGACAAGAACCACUCGUGAAGCCACUGGGUCCCGAUGCGCAGCCCUGUGGUCCAGACAGGAGACGCCAGACACACUCCAACAAGACUGCACCACUGAGACCAAGGUUCCCUGCAUUCAGUGGACACGCACAUGCACACACACACACACGUACGCACGUAUGCACGCACGCACGCACACACACACACACACACACACACACACACACACACACACGUAUGCACGCACGCACACACACACACACACACACACACACAUGUACGCACGUAUGCACGCACGCACGCACGCACACACACACACACACACACACGUACGCACGUAUGCACGCACGCACACACACACACACACGCACACACACACACACACACACACACACACACACACACAGGGAACAUGUUAUACGUUGGUAUUAUUCAUCCAAACUCGUGCUUCCUCCAUUUUCAUGGAACGAUUAUGCAGCGAUAGCUAAGAAAAUGGAAGCAGCCCCUUCUUGUCGCUACGAGCUCAGUCCCAGAGGCCCGGCCACUGUUUGUGGUGUGCAGGAUCACAGGGUGUGGUGGCCCAACGCCGCUCGACUGUGACCCGACCUUCAGUCACCCGCGAUAACACUGUGCUCGCUUUCUGCAGCGCCGUUUGUUCUCCAGCUUUUCUUUAUCUCCGCAGAUAAGAGGUGGAACGUUGUCGUAGUGAACGCAGCCGUACGCUUCUGGGGCCGUAAGCUGCUCCUCUUAAAUCCCACACAGGGCGUUCUUCUUUUGUGUCAGUGUUUGUAAGUAACUCUGAUCUGAGUGAAGUCAAGUGUUCUCUGACGGCACCAUGUGUGUUUUUCCCGUCUCCAUAGAAACCAAAGGGGGCGAUACGGCCGGUGAGGGCGUGUGUAUUUGUAUUGUAUAUACCUUUAAUAAAUCCCUCUCAUUGUACUGCACCAACAAAUUCACAUUAAAGUUAUUUUUAUUAGGUUCACUGGUAUCUGUGAAGACGGUAUGUAAAUACUAAACAACACCGUAGGGCGUUUAUUAAUCAGCUAUCAUUCAAACUGUGCUUAAGCUCCUCAAAAGCUCAGAAAAGCCAAACAGCUAGUUGCUGGUGAUGCUGCUCCUCAACAAGCCCAGGAACAGCUGAGCUCCUCAUGAUUAAUUCUAGAAAAAAUCAUCUGUUGUCAUUUUGUAUUAAUCUGCUUCAUGAGCAAAAUGUUACCAUUUGUUCUUUUUUUAAAACUUUGAGACACUUGUGAUUUGACUGUGUGUGUUUUUUUUUAUGAAGAACAUUGUUUUGCGAGCCAUUUAUUUUUGUAUGAAUUCCUUUUCUUUUAUUUUGUAAUGGCAACCUUGUGUCUAAAAGGUUUUGAAUGUAGUAAAUAAUAAACAUUUCUAAUUCUCUAAA